CUCUAAGUGAUGGAGAAUCUAUAGAGUAAAAUCUAGAGAGAAUGUGGAGUCGGUAUGAAAAGCAUCAACUAACUUUACCUUUUCCUACCAAUAAGAAGGGCUUCUACAUCUAAUUGUUAGGGUUAGGGGUUAGGGAUUUUUUCCUUUGUUUGUUCGGUUUGAUCCUCUGAAACAAUCAAACCAACAAACAGGAUGGAAGGAGAGGCUGGUGAGUUCCAAGACUGGGAGGUGCUUCACAACUCCGAUACUGUACUGGUUAAGUCGGACGGUGCUGCUAUUGUUGACCCGUCCAAGUCGGAUGAAACACCCAGAAAUUUUGAGGGAAUCGAUGGUGAUUCGGAGGGCAUGAUCAGGUCCGAUUACUUCUCGCUCGAGAGUAAGGAGAGGUAUGCCAAGACUGCUACAGAGGGUGAUGUGAGCGAAGUCGACUCUGACAAUCCGAGUUGGAUCGAUCCCGGGUCCGAGACACGGUAUGCGAGGAAGAACUCGGGUGAGUUCUGGUCCGAUUCGAGCAGCGAUCGUUCCGACGAUCGUAAACUUGGUGAUUUUGACGCUAAACACGGACUAGGUAACGCAGCAACUGCGAAAAGCCAAAUGGCUUUUGAAGGAUUUGUGGAAAUAAAAGCCAAGAAUGGAAAUUUGGCUAAGUUGAUUCAGACCGAGGAUAAGCCUUCGAGCAACUUCUGGUCUGAUUCUGGCGGAGACGCUUUGGUUUCGAUGAAAUUUGGGGAAAAUUACGUGAAACAACGAGACUUUUCGAAGAUUUCGGGUGAUUUGGACGGUGGAAAUAGUUCGAUCGAGCACAAAGCUGAUGCGAUUACAGAAUUGAAAUCUGACGCAGAAUCGGGCGGCGAGGGAGAGAAGGGGAGGGGAGUUUGGUGGAAGGUUCCUCUUGAAAUCUUGAAGUAUUGUGUUUUUAGAGUGAGCCCGGUUUGGUCGUUCUCCGUGGUGGCUGCUGUGAUGGGGUUCGUUAUCUUGGGACGGAGACUGUAUAAGAUGAAGAGGAAGAGCCACAGCUUGCAGCUGAAGGUUACGGUUGAUGAUAAGAAGGUGUCGCAGUUCAUGAGCCGUGCUGCACGUCUUAAUGAAGCGUUUUCAGUGGUGAGGCGGGUCCCAAUUAUACGACCUCAGCUGGCAGCCCCUGGCGUGACUCCGUGGCCUGCGAUGAGUUUGAGAUAAAUUCUUGUAUAACAAUUAGGAAAACAACGCAAUGUCUACCAAGAUGGUAUAUAAGAUUUAUAUGUGGGUUUGUGUGAGAUAGUGUGAACCAACUUUCCCUUCAUGUUUGAUCCCUGAAGUCGUCGAGACACUCGGGGAUCAAAUCGUGUACAAGUGCAGACUACUUUUUAUUUCUUUCGGUGCACAUUGUUUUCUUCCUCUCUGUCAUGAUGCUUAAAUUAUGCAUUCAACUCUUUUAUAAGAUGUGGUUAGUGGCUUGCUUGGAGUUUUAUACCAAUUUAAAGCUAAGAAUGUUAUCUG